AUGGUAGAAUAUGAUUGUUCGACGCUUCGCGAUGGAUCUGUUUGGAAUACGUGGCUCUCGUUGUUUCUUGUGGUAGGAAUUUACGGCAGCUACGUGCCCCAGCAGGUGAAUGUUGUAAAGCGGCGGACCAUUGAGGGGCUGAGUCUUUGGUUUUUGUUUCUGAUGAAUAUCGGCGCAGCUUUUGGGUUCGCAAACAUCCUCAUUGCCAGCAAACCUGUGUAUCGCUGCUGCUGCACCGAAUUGUCUGCUGUGGAGUGCGGCAACGCGAUGAUGGGUGUAGGCCAAAUGGCAAGCUCUUUUCUGGGGCCUCUAGUUGUGAUGAUUCUGGGGCUCAUAUACGCCAAAUCGACCCCUGAGGAAGCUCACGCAAUGAGAUGGACUGCUAUGUGGACGACAAUUGCGACUGCUGGCUUGGUAGUUGUCGUCAUUGUUGGUUUGGCCACUUCCUUUGGCUCAAAGCUCGCCUACCUUUGUGGUUUGGCAGCAGCUGGAGUCGGUCUUGUGCAGUACAUCCCCCAAUUGAUGACAACAUACACACUCAAACAUGCCGGCACUCUGUCUCUGCUCACUCUGCUCAUCCAGAUCCCCGGCGGAAUGAUUUGGAGCUUCAGCUUGGCCGUGAGGGGCGAGGUCAAUUGGUCCAUCUGGAUGCCGAUUAUGCUGUCAGCCAUUCUGCAGGUGAUUCUGUUGUGCAUGGCCUUUUACUUUUCGCUGGUUCAGAUCAACAGAGACGUUGCUCAGAUCACCAAAACCCCUCCGCCGAACGCGACAAAUACAGUAGAAGCAGAAGCGCUUUUAGCCGAUGACCAGUCCACUGGACCUUAA